AUGGGCAAGAAGUCGACAAACAACAGCACCAGCUCAUCCGGCACCGGUCUCUUUGGGACGCUAAGAAACAGCUUUCGCCGACGCUCCAGCUCUUCCUUCUCUGGCAAGCUCAACAGCAGCGGCAGCAGUGCUGUCAGUCCAAAACGUGAGCCCACUUCGGAAGCAUUUCCAAUUGUUAAUCAGUCUCAAAAUGGCAAAGUGCAAAAGGAAUCUAAUUAUAGCGGCAGCAUCAAGAAGAACGGCGUUAAUAACACAGACCGCGUACCAGAAAAUCCUCUGGAAAUCAAUUAUCGAAACUCAGAUGUCACUGCUGCGUUGAAAACUACCAAAUUAGCGAGCAACCAAACGCCUGAAACAGAUUGCAAGGAAAGCAAUUUAAGUGAGAUUAAGACUGAACAACCGGGAGAAAGCGGCAAAAAAGAGCAAACACCGCUGACGGGUGAAGCUGAAGUUUACUCAGCACUGCCUGAGACGGCAGCAAACAACACUGAUCUCAAGAAAAUGAAAACCGAAGACGUCUCGACAGAUGCCGAGAUGUUCCGAUUUCUCUCCAGUGGCAUUUACUCCAACUUGGCACUUCUCUCCGCCAUGUCUCGUCAGAGUCGUAACAAUCGCUCAUCACAAAAGCAACCAGCUGGAAAGCAAUCCGAUAAUGUGUCGUCAAAUCAGCCUGAUUCAGCACCGAGCCGACCUUCCAAAGGAGUGUCCCAGCAGCAACAGCAACAACAACAGCAGUUUGCCAGCAUAGGAGCGGCAGUCCCUCAUCGUCCCUCAAGCACAACUCCACUUGAUCGAAACUUCUACGCAAUGCAGUCCAAUCAGGCCAGCCUUUUUGACGACGAUCCAGGCAUCAUGUCGGAGAUUGAAACCUCUGCCACUGGAUUCCGUCGAGGCAACAAGGUCCGCUCCUCGCUGCCCAUCGUUCGCACGCCCUCCAAGUCACAGGAUCGAUCACUUGGCCUAGUCUUUCUGCAGUUUCGCUCUGAAACCAAACGAGCACUGCUGCCCAAUGAGAUCACCUCAAUUGACACAGUAAAAGCGCUCUUUGUUCGGUCAUUUCCUCGCCAGCUAACCAUGGAGUACCUCGACCACCCGUCAGUUCGUAUCUACAUUCACGACGCAUCAAAGGACAUGUUCUACGAGCUGGAGGACCUGCGUGACGUCAAAGACCGCGUCAUUCUGCGUAUCUACGAGCAGGGCGUCAACGGGCCUCAGCCAGGCGGCGGUGGGCUGCCCAUUGCAUUUCAAAACCAGAGCGUCCCACCGGAGCCGGGCGAAAACUACGGCUACUUCUCCGAGCCGGAGUUUGACUCGGAGUUUCAGUCGCAGCACGUCCAUCGAAAGCGCUUUCCGCCGCCACCGCCGCCCAUGCAGGUCAACCAGCCACAGCCACACAUGCUGGUCGGUCCCAAUGGACCGAUGGGACAGUCGCAGUACUACGGGACGAUUAUGCUGCCGCCGCAGUACCGCUCGGCCACGCUGGGCAUCAGGCCCGGUUUCAUUUCCAGCGGGACACUGCCUGGACAGCCGCCCCCUCAGCCGCCGACUCGCAACAAGGCCUAUCCAGGCAUUCCUGCUGGCAACCAGCAAACACCUCCUAAGCCGACGCGUUCCUUUGUCCCCAGUCCUGGGCCACCUCCUCCUCAGGCGGCAGGACUGAUUGUGAUACAGGGCCAUCACCCGCGACCACCUCCUGCUCUGCCACCCGGUUCAAUGGCGCCCUCCUCUGCUUCGGUCCACCAGCACCUGGCGCAGCAGUACCACCAGAGUAGACCCCUUCCUGAUCGACCCUACUCGGUGGCCGGUCACUACCCAUCGCCGGACCGAAUGGGCGCUCGGCCGAUUCCCUAUCCAGCGGGCGCCAAUCCCGCCGACUUCUCCGGGUACCUGUCGUCGCCUGAACACCGACCCAGUGCGGCCAUGAUGGCACUGCAUGCCGGACAGGCGCAGGCACGAUCUUCCUUCUCCGGUUACCCCAACUCUAGGCCGUUUGACGCGGAGAUGGCCGCUGGUAUGGCCGCCGCUGCCGCCGCCGCAGCAGCCGGUGUCUAUCCGCAUCCUGCGGCGGUGUACGCCUCUAGGCCGCCACCACCUCCAGGAGUGGCGCCCAUCGACGAGGAGGCUCGCGUGCGAAUGCAGGAAAUGGAAAGGCAGAUUGCCAGUCUAACUAAUGUAGUCAGCAAAGCGCUCGGUUCAUCAAAACCAGGAUCUAAGCCUCCUCCGCCUCCAAAGCCGCCAUCACUGAUUUCCGGCUAUCGAAGCGACAUCAGCUCUACUCUGAACAGCGAUUCAGCCACUCAGCUGAAGCAAAUUCGCCGCCGAGCUCGGGAUCUGCGCAAUGAAGUGCGGGCACUGAAGCGAUUCGCCCUGCAGCAAACGAACACCACCAGGGAGUCUCUCAAGGAGACGUGCAACAAAAUCAAAAGCACAUUGUCCUUUCUUUCUUCCACCUCGGAUAUUCAACUGCGAAUGGAGCGACUGGUGGUGAGCACUGAUCGAGACUCCUACAAUGACGACGUCAUCAGGCUGGACAAGGACCUGCUCGAUUUGGAGACCAACGUCGAGGAGCUGCGCUCUAACGUCAUCAAUCGCCGGUGUCGGGUGAACAUGUCUAAUGUGGAGUCAAUGGCGCUCACCCUGUCACGGGCAUCAAAAACGGUCGCCGAUCUCAAAACACGCUACCCAGUGUUGGCGCAACACCUGAAGACGAUCAUGGCAAAGGAGCUGCAGCAAAUUGAACGGGAGGAAAAGUUUUUGAAAGAGGAACCCGAAAGACUAGAGCAUUCGUUGAAGCGUUGCAAAAAGCUGACCGGUACAUUGGUCACCCUGAAAAGACUGGCCUCUGUACAAGAGCAGCGCUCCUCAAACAACCCCAACACAUGUUCCCCAUCACAGCUGCUGCAGGCAGUGGAGAAGAAGGAAAUCUCAAUGGACGAAGGCUUUGUGGGCACUGCAGGCAGUGACGGUCUUAUGAGCAGGAGUUACGACGCCGACCUGAUGGAGCCACACACAGUGAUCCACGUGACGCCAGCGACGCCCUCUUCCACCGAUUCCUCCAAGACAUCCGCCACGGCGUCGAACAUGCUGGAGAACCUGCUGGACGAGCUGCAGACCUUCUCGAAGCAGUCGAGCAUGGACUCGCCCUCCUCGAGCACGGCAAUACCGGCCGGCAGCCACCAGCGAUCAUCACUGCGAGGGGCACUGAACAGCAAUGCCAAGCAGGCGCUUCUGCUAAACCAAUCGGACACUGUCGUGCGCAAAGGUGACCAUAGUUGUUCUAGCACUGCUAAUCAAACUGCUAGCCCUAGCAUUAGUACCAGUAGUAGCACCAGUAGCAGUAGCAACCUGCCUGUCUGUUCACCCCCUCCCGACAACUCAAGUUGUGUGAAUGAUGUGAAUGAGCAUGACGGAAACGAGUGCCGUAGUGUCGUUGAAGACAGCUCUGCAGCUGCCCCGGAAUGCAUUCCUAAUGAGCAGCACAUCCGCAGCACAGGGCAACAAAUAGAACAACAGCAGCCGCCCCAGUCUGAACCCCUCCAGUCGGCACUCUGA